AUGAUGACUGUAUAUCCUCAAGUGAGAGAUCCCAAGAGACACGAGGAACAGUACAGCAUCCUCCGCGAGUGGGCGUGCCCUAGAGGCGUGCCCGACUCGGCGGCGCGCGCGCUCGCGGCGCACGAGUACACGCUCGGCGACCUGCUGGCGCACGCGCAGAGGGAGGACAUCGCCCGGCUCCAGCUCAAAGGCGGCGUAGAACUGCGACUAUGGCGUGCAAUCCUCGACCACCGUCUACAAUCCACCACGAACCACCUGCGCCGCGCUAGCAGCACCGAAACAGACAUGGACACCAACUCCAUAGUAGUAGUCGAGUGCAACCAAUGCAAGACUACCCGCAGAACCACUUCAAACAACUCCUCCUGUUCUAACAACCCUACGAUUGUGAUUAGGGAUCAGGUUAACGGCGAAGAUGACGUCACAGAGCUGGUGCCGGCAAAUGGAGACAGCCCUUGACUAUUGCGCGGGUGGUGCACUCUGCAGUAAGGCCAAGGACACACCAGUGUUAGGAUCUACGUAAAGGUUUACUGAAAUUAAUAAAUACAUUUGUUCGAUAAAGUCUAAAAUGCUGUUCCAUUUGUGCGAUUGCAAUGGUUAAACUUGUAUUCUCCGCACUACGUGACGAGUGAAAAAACCACAGACAUGAUUAAUAAUCAUGUC